AUGAAUUAAACAUUUACAGCUGAAAUUAAAUUAAAGAGUUCAAAAGAAAGAGGUUAUUUUGAUCAACUAGUAGAUGCUGUUGUUAGGCCACCUAGAUAGAUAUAUGAUCCAUCCAAAUUAGGUAUCAUAAAAGGUCAUAAUAAAAUAGGUGCAACAACCGUACUAAUAAAUAAACUACUUAUUUACAGAGAGGAUUUUUUAGUUUUGUCAAGAGAAUAAAACUUAAAAUUACAAUGUUCUUUAUAUAGUGCUGUUUAUUUACCGAACAUCCUGAGUUAAGCACUCUAGUGUUAGAUUCUCCAUUUAGUAAUCUAAAGCAACUUUGCAUUGAUAUUGGCGAUAGUUUUCAUGUUCCAACAAUUGGUGUUAGAUUUGUCUUUUAUUUAUUGAGGAAAAAGGUAAGAAAAAUAGUUCGAUAUGAUCCAAAACAUAUAAAUACUAUGCUGUAUAUUAAAAAGUUAUCUUCCAAAUGUGCUGCUUAUUUUGUAAGAGCGAGUAGUGAUAAAAUGAUUGGAAAAAAUCAUAUUGAAGAUUUGUAUGAUGCAUUCAAGGGGGAAAAAUACAUAUUUACUUUUUUAGGCGAUCAUAAUGCUCCAAGACCUAUAGAAGCGUAUUAAGGGAUUACUAGGUAUUUUUAUUAUAUAUAAGCCUAUAUAAAAAGGUUUUUUGCAACUAGAUUAAUUAAAAGUACUGAGAUUUAAAAAAUUGGUUUAACUAGGAAAAGUUCUGGAAAAUCACACAAAAUAGAAAAAGGGUACAAAUCCCAAAGAUCCAACGAGUCUGAUGUGAACUAUGACGAAUCUGAUGAUGAAAAUGCUAAGAAAUUAAAUAAUGAACAAUACAUAACAGAAAUGAAAAAACCUCAAUUAUUAAACGCCUUUUUAUCUGAUUCUGACAUCGAUAGUUAUCAUUCACUUGAUGAAGAUUUGAAAGAUCAUGACCUUCCACAAUUUUAAGAUAUUAGAACUAAACUAAGUUGA